AUGGGCAACGUCGCGGGGCGGCGGCCGGCGGUGGAGGAGCGGCUCACGCAGCCGCGGAGGCUCCUCCGGCAGCUGUCCGACGUGGACACCGGCCGCCUUCGGCGGCUCAUCCGCUCCGGCGACCUCGCGCCGUGCUUCGACGCGGCCGAGGAUGCCGCCGCCGGCGCUGGCCACGAUGAGGAUUGCCCCAUUUGCUUCUACUUCUAUCCGAGCCUGAAUCGAUCCAAGUGCUGCGGCAAAGGGAUCUGUACAGAAUGCUUCUUGCAGCUCAUGCCUUCAAAGUCUUCAAAAGUUGUCCACUGUCCUUUCUGCAAAACCGCAUCCUACGCAGUUGAAUACCGAGGCAGUCGAACCAAAAGCGAGAAGAAACUCAAUCAACAAGAAAAACAGAACGUCAGCGAGUCUAAGAAGAUACAGUCGAAAUCUCAGAUUGCUGGUGAACUUGUUCAACCCUAACAAUCGCAAAACAUAUUUUGACAUGGCUAACUUCUUACAAACAACUGAAGCGAGUCUGAGUUCAGCAUUACUUGUUUCAGAACCACUGUACAAUGAAGCAUAAAUAUUCG